UGCGGGCUGGAGGACGCGCGGGGAGAUCAUUUAGCAGCAACUACCAUUAAAAACACUUGGCGAAGGCUGAUUUAAGGAAUUUAAGCCCUGACCCUCUUUUUUUUCUCCCCCCCUCCGUCAGGAACGAGCGCCGUUACGUCGCAGGAGCAGCACGAGCCGGCAUUGCAGCGAGUUUAUUAGACAGAAAGCCCAAUAUUAAUCUGCUCGAUAGCGAUAAGAAUAACGCGAGAGUUUGCAAGUUGCCUCAAGACUGUAGUUGCAACUGUCAAAGGUGGAGUGGAUACGCGCAUGACCUAACACACAUUACUGUAAUACUGUACACGGCCGCCGAGAUAAUAUCCGUAUAAAAAACCGAAAUAAUCCCGAGGUAAGGAACCGAGGAGGGAACCAAAACCGACCGAGAUUUGGCGUUUCUGCUCGUUUUCCUUCGCUUCGGUUUCUUUUACUCUAACCAACUGUCUCGCAGCCGUCGAAAUUACUGCACUAAACAUAUUUUUGUGCCUCCCUUUAGCUCCAGCCAGCGCAAGGAUUUUUUUUUUUUUUUUUUUUUUUUUACUCCUCCUUCGUAAUAAAGUCGCCAUUUUGCUUCACUGCCUAUAUAAACCAUCCCGUAUUCUAAUAUUUUUCCUCAAGGAGUCGGGGACCUACCUAUCUUUCCUGGCUAUUUCUGCUAUUUCUGGAGUGUUUAACGAGAAGACGGAGGUUGAAGAAGUGCCUCGUGGUGUACAUGUUAAUGCAGGAAAGGAGGGGGGGCAGGGCAAUUGGAAACUGGGAAUAAGGUGAAAGUAUCCAGGAUUGCUUUUCAUGUGCAGACGAAAUUGUAAUUUCUCUUCUCCUGCCCUGCUCUUUUUUUUCUUCCACCUCGUCGUCGUCUGCAGAGUGGUGGGGGGACCGGACGACGGUGACGACUGUCCGCUUCCUCUCAGGCCCCCCAACCCCAGUCUGACCGGUCCUUGACGCACAGCAGGUGUGAUUGCCAUGUAACAUAACAUUGGUGGAAAAACGCCCACUUAGGUGCCUGUCUCCUGACCCCCUCCUCCCUCACGUGGGUGACCCGGGGCCACCCGGCCCCUGGCGCUGGGUGACUGCCCGACAGUUCAGGCAUGGAGAGCCCAAGUGGCCCCAGGCUUGGGAAGCUGUCCUCGUCGGGGCUGCCGAGGGGCCGGACCCCCAAGCACGGACAUCCCCAGGAGCCUGUCAGAACCACACCGGGCCCUGAACACAACAACAAACACAGUCCGGUGUGUGAUGAGCCAGCAGAGGGGAAGAGGAAAGGUCGUCCUAAAGCAGAAGUGCAGGAACUGAGAAGCAUCCCUGCCCAUAUGAUAGUACAAUGGAAGGAAGAGUUUAAGCGCCGCUCCAGGGUUAAGUGUCCGUGUUCAGGCUGCUGGUUAGAGUUUCCCAGCAUCUAUGGCGUCAAGUACCACUAUCAACGCUGCCAGGGGGCCACCGUAGCCGAAAAGCUGAGUCACGGCUGUCCCUACUGCGAGGCAGUGUUUGCCACAAAGGUGCGCCUGCAGAAGCACAAACUGUGGAACCACCCUGACAGAGUUAGUAUGGAGCCCAAGGACGAGCAGCCUAAGCUUCAAAAGACGCCUGUCAAGUUCAACACCAAGAAAAGGCCCAUGGAGAACAGCCCCCCCUCUCCGGUGUUCUUCAAAGUGAAAAAGACCCACGAGGUGUCCACGCCCUCUCAGAACGGGGAGCUGGCCCACCGGAAGAGCGAGAGGAAACCGCACAGCCACAGCCAGCAUUCACAGCAAAUUCACCAGUCGCAUCCAGUCCAGCCUCAGUCCCAGCAGUCGCAGUCCCAAAGCACGUCGUCCGACGCGGGCGGCAGCGAGAGCGAGGGUGGCAGCCUUCCCCCUCCUUUCCCUGAUGAAGACCCAGAGCGAAUGAGGCACAGACGGAAGCAGAAAACGCCUAAGAAGUUCACCGGAGAACAGCCGUCAAUAUCCGGAACAUUUGGAUUGAAAGGUAUGUCCAAGGUGGAGGAGAAGUUGAAGGCGGGCCGUGUGAAGAGACAAGAGGGGAGUGGGUUCAGCGAGGAGCCCCAGAGAAGACCCACUCCAAGUCAGUCCUCAAAGAAAGACCCUGCCACAACCAGCUCUGGUGCUGUUCCCGACACCCAAUGGCAGCGAGCGAUCUCAGAGCGAGGUGAAGUGGUGUGUCCCACCUGCUCCAUCGUCACCAGGAAAACAAUCCACGGCCUCAAGAAACACAUGGAGAUUUGCCAAAAGCUCCAGGAUGCCCUGAAGUGCCAGCAGUGCCACAAACAGUUCAGGUCCAAGGCCGGCCUCAACUACCACACCAUGGCUGAACACACCACCAAGCCCUCGGGGAGCGAAGGCCAGACGGGCGACAAGCACAAGGAGAGAGAAAGACUGCGCCGAGUGCUCAAACAGAUGGGACGAAUCAAAUGUCCUAGUGAGGGCUGUACAGCCCACUUUUCCAGUCUGAUGGGCUACCAGUACCACCAGAAACGUUGUGGAAGAGAGUUCUCUGACGAUGAGAGGCCUGUGUUUCUGUGCCAGCACUGUGGAAAAACCUACCGCUCCAAGGCUGGCAGAGACUACCAUGUCCGCACCGAACACUCCUCGACUAUCACCACCUCCAUGUCAGCCACCAACAACAACAAGGACAAUAUCACCGACACAAACAACAACACUGGCAAAGAGAGGGUGGUCUCUGAGGAAUCUCCAUCAGUAGGCAAGAAGGAACAAAGCCAGCCUGAGAAGAAAGAUUGGCAGGAGAAAGCACCAUCCGGCCAGCUGAAGGAGAGGGAAAGAGAAGCCAGGGACAAGGACCGGGAAAAGGAGAGGGAGCGAGACAAAGAAAAAACAGCACAGAACGAGAGCCAGGGGGAUGACUUUGAGCGGACCCCUAGUGGCAGAGUGAGGCGCCGGUCAGCUCAGGUGGCAGUGUUCCACCUGCAGGAGAUAGCAGAGGAUGAGCUGGCCAAAGACUGGGGCACCAAGCGCCGCAUCAAGGAUGACCUGGUGCCUGAUAGCAAGAGGUUAAACUACACCCGUCCUGGCCUCCCCAACUUCAGCCCAGAGCUACUAGAGACCUGGAAGAACCAAGUCAAGGAGAAGGGCUUCAUCUGCUGCACCAAUGAAAACUGUGAAGCUGUCUAUUCCAGCGUGUCAGGCCUAAAAGCCCACCUCGCCAACUGCAGCCAGGGUGGUGGAGAACUGGGGAAGUACACUUGUCUGAUCUGUCAGAAGGAGUUUAGCUCAGAGAGCGGUGUGAAGUACCACAUCAGCAAGACACACUCACAGAACUGGUUUCGUGCAGCAGCCAGUCAAGUGGUCUCCAGUAGCAAGAGCAAAGUGCCGGAGAACAAUGGGAUCAAAGCCGAGGUGAGGAACGGUGCCACCACUGGUAAGAAGAGGGGCCGCAAGCCCAAAGAGCGCCCACCCGUGGUGGCGCACCUCCAAACAAAAACUGAAGCACCUGCCACUACUCAAAACUCAACCCCUGCCGUGAGCCCUUCCUCGGGCCCGCAGUCCCCCACCCUGAUCCCCGACCCAACGGACAGUGCUAAUUCAGGCCUAAACAGACAGCCCACGGCCUCCGCCGCCAGACGAAGCAAACCCAAGAGGCUGUCGUUGUCAGAGUAGCUCUGCUUUUGUCGACCCAGGAGCCAGAGAGGAUGAUUACUGUACAUGUUAUGCCAGGAAGCUAAAAGACCUUUCUAACUACACAAGGACUUGGCACUGAGAAGAAAGCGAAAUCAACCAUUAGGAAGUAACGCAUUUAGUACAGACUUCAAAUCUUGGUUUUAAAACCCCAGAGUUCCUGUGUCUACUGUUAUAAACAAUACUCACGUGACAGUAGUGUUUUAUUUAUCCAUUCCACUUUUGUCUCCUUUUUAAGGCACACAUUUCAGUUUCUGUACUCACAGCAGGGGUGUCAGACAUAAUCAAAGAUGAAAUCAUGACUUCUACAUGGAUAGCGUUUUCUAAACAGAGGUAGUAUUCCGAACAAACGAAGAGUAAUUCUCUCUACAAGAUCCAUGUUGUGUUGGAGAGGUUUGAAAAAGGAUAUUCUAUUAGCAUGGUGAAGUCAUUUAUUGAUAGCUAGUGUUUUCACAUUUUUUCACAGAUAUACUGUACUGUGUACAUAAACAAUAUCUAUAUCUAUAUAUCUAUAUACUCAAAGCAAUGAUGCCAUCUGCCAUUUUCAAGCCUGACACGUCCAAUUGGAUCAUGAGCAAUCAGACCUUUUGCAGUGUGUGCUGUAGUGCAAUGUUGUUUUGAACUUGAUUUUUUUUUCUAAUUUUCUUUCUGGUUUUACUUUUUUUUUUUUUUUUUUUUUUUUUACUUUUCAUGUUUCAAGUAAGCAAAUGUCGUAUAAGCUAAAAUGUUGGUCAGUCGUUAAUCAUAUUCCACUCUGUUUUUCCAGCUAUGUGACUCAUCAUUUCAGUGACAUUUCUUUUUAUUUGAUCUGGAUCACAUGAGGAUGAAAGGUGUCUGCUACGACAACCAUAAUUAAGUGUCAGAAGAUUCUUUCCACAGUUCUUUUACACUGACGUUCAUAAGCAGAACACCCAAAAAAAGUGAUUGUUUGAGAUUUCCAUCUGUAAGGUAUAAGUUAGUUAUGGUAACACUUGAUAUGGCAUUGUUUAAUUGAUUUUAAACAAAAAAAAACUUGAAGCAUUCUGUCUAAAAUAGGACUGGUGAAGCUAAAUGUUGGACAGAAGGGUGAAUUUUGUGUGAAGCUUGUUGCACCAUUGCAGCACAAUCAAAUGAUGUGACACCAUUUUAAAGGAGGCCAUAUUUUGGCUACUGCUUUAGCUUGAAUCAAAGAGCUGAGGAGAGAAUAAAAAUACUAUCUUUUAUAGAGAGGUUGAGGAAAAUAAUCUUUUAUUAAACAGAAAAACUGCAAAUGAAGAUUCACGUAUAAGGAUGUAUAUGAAUUAAUUCCUGGAUGCUCAAAGUUAUUGCCUUGCACUUUAACCCUUAACCCUUCUCGCUCCCCUCUUGUAUUUUUGCACUCCAGGGGUGUUCAACCUAACCUAGUGGCUGUCAGGCAACAGCAGCGGGAAUAUUUUACUCUGAUGAAACUAGAGAAAAACUAAAUUUGUCUUUACAUGGGUAAUGAGCAGCAUGGUUAACUCUUUCUAGAUAGCAUCUGCAAUCCAACACGACCAUAUAAUUAUGACUCACCACAUAAAGCCAUAACCGGUCUUGUUGAAUUUUAAGGCUGCUCUAAUGUUAGUUUAGCUUCAGAUUUAAAAAAUAGUAAUAAUAAUCCAAUAUUAUAAAUGACUUUUCAAAUCUAAAAUGUGUGCAAUCAGAGAAUAUUUUCACUUUAACAUGUUUAAAGUAGAUACUUGAAUCCACAGUUAUAUUAACGAUUUGAGCAAAUGAAAACUCCAUAAAUAUUUGAUUUAUAUUUGCAGUCUAUGUCCAUAAAAUAAUGACUAGCUUGCUUAAAAAAGAGAUCAUAAAUCUAUUUUAUAUUCUCUUGUGUGUAUUACCUAGAUAGCAAUGUGAUAGCCUUGGAGAAAGUUGUGAUGUGAGGAUAUUCUGGUGAGAUCAUAAGGGUGCUUUACUUGCCACUCUACCUUAAGGACCUGAUACAUCAGUUAGUCCACUAAUCCAUCCUGCCAUUUUCUCCUUACUGGCAAGUCCUCUGAAUUUUGCACCAACGAAAGUCAAUGUCAUCGUUUAAAUCGAGCACUGAUGUCAGCAGAACAUUUUCAAGAAGCGUCGAAUUUGAAAUUUACGUGUCCCAGGUGGUAUCAUCCCUACGCUGUGACCUUUUUAUAUUGCAAAGCAAAGAUCUGAGCUGAAUCCCUCCAUCAUUAAUCAGCUGAUGGAGUUCAUUCAGGUGGGGAUGAUUAUGCAAGUGUCCGUCUCUGUUAGCGAGAUGGACCUUUAUCUUCUAUCCAGGAGAAACUGACGCAGAGGAUAAGUUAGACAAGCACUGAUUGGCCCUCGGACCCUUUCGAUGUGAGUUGUCCGGGCCUUGUGUGUGUGUGUACAAAACAGUUAGCACCUUUGUAAUGACUGGAUGUCAGAAAUGGUAACACUUUUCGUUGAGUGUUAUGCUGUGGCACAGAAUCAGUUCAUCAGCUGCUUGUUACUUGUUUCAUUAAUAACGUCACAUUGACUGUGUUUACCUGACAAGCUUUGGUGUUGCAAUAUGAUAGUUAGGCACUGCUUUUAACAGUGGGUAUUUUAUAUUUUAUCACACCCUUUACUAUCUGUCUUCCUAUGAUGUGGAAAACACAUAUCUAUCCCGCAGUGUGAGCUAACUGCAACAUGUUUAGAGAGUACAGCAAUACACCAUAUUUAGCUGGUUUUGUUGGCUUGCUGAUAUUUUGAUAUUGACGUGUCUUCUCAAAAUUGUAUGGCUUUUUUCACUCCCCUACUUUUCUUUGUUUGCUUUGAAAGUGCUUUUUACAUAUUAUGAAAUCUUAAAAAAAAAAAAAAAAAAAAAGGUUGAAAAAAUUUGUAGACCACAAAGAACAUUG